AUGAAUUGGAAUAAAGGUGGACCUGGUACUAAGAGAGGCUUUGGUUUUGGUGGUUUUGCCAUAACACCUGGAAAAAAAGAGGAGCCUAAGCUCUCUCAACAGUCUCAUAGUGCUUUUGGAACAGCCGGUUCUUCUGCUGCAUUUGCGAAAUCAGGACCUCCUCAGCUGCCUUCUUUCUACAAAAUUGGGUCAAAGCGAGCAAAUUUUGAUGAAGAGAAUGCGUACUUUGAGGAUGAAGAGGAAGAUUCCAGCAAUGUCGAAUUGCCGUACAUUCCCGCAGAGAAUUCCCCCACUCGCCAGCAGUUUCAUUCCAAAUCAGCAGACUCUGACAGCGAUGAUGAUCCUCUGGAGGCAUUCAUGGCUGAAGUGGAGGAUCAAGCUGCUCGAGACAUGAAGAGACUUGAAGAUAAAGACAAAGAAAAAAAGAAUGUUAAGGGUAUUCGAGAUGACAUUGAAGAGGAAGAUGACCAAGAAGCUUAUUUUCGCUAUAUGGCUGAAAACCCCACUGCUGGUGUGGUCCAAGAAGAGGAAGAGGAUAACCUGGAGUAUGAUAGUGAUGGCAAUCCAAUUGCACCAUCCAAAAAAAUCAUUGAUCCUCUUCCACCUAUUGACCAUUCAGAGAUUGAAUAUCCACCAUUUGAGAAAAAUUUCUAUGAUGAGCAUGAGGAGAUCACCAGUCUCACCCCACAGCAAGUGGUGGAGUUACGUCAUAAGCUAAAUCUCCGGGUCUCUGGUGCUGCUCCUCCGAGGCCUGGCAGUAGCUUUGCUCAUUUUGGGUUUGAUGAGCAACUUAUGCAUCAAAUUAGGAAGUCCGAGUAUACCCAGCCCACUCCUAUACAAUGUCAGGGUGUUCCAGUUGCACUAAGUGGCAGAGAUAUGAUUGGGAUAGCUAAGACUGGAAGCGGAAAAACAGCAGCCUUCAUCUGGCCAAUGUUGAUUCACAUCAUGGAUCAGAAGGAGCUUGAACCAGGGGAUGGGCCCAUUGCAGUGAUCGUGUGCCCGACCAGAGAGCUUUGCCAACAGAUCCAUUCUGAAUGUAAGCGCUUUGGUAAGGCAUAUAACCUGCGCUCUGUAGCUGUAUACGGAGGAGGAAGCAUGUGGGAGCAAGCCAAAGCCCUCCAGGAGGGGGCAGAGAUAGUUGUCUGCACACCGGGCCGUUUAAUUGAUCAUGUGAAAAAGAAAGCUACAAACCUUCAAAGAGUCACUUACCUUGUGUUUGAUGAAGCUGACAGAAUGUUUGAUAUGGGUUUUGAGUAUCAGGUCAGAUCAAUUGCAAGCCAUGUACGUCCAGACAGACAGACCCUCUUGUUCAGUGCCACUUUCCGUAAGAAGAUUGAGAAAUUGGCUCGAGAUAUUCUGAUCGACCCGAUUCGAGUUGUGCAGGGAGACAUUGGAGAGGCAAAUGAAGAUGUUACUCAAAUUGUGGAGAUUUUCCCCUCUGGCCCUAGCAAAUGGAACUGGCUGACUCGACGCCUCGUGGAGUUCACAUCUUCUGGGAGCGUUCUCCUGUUUGUCACCAAGAAGGCAAAUGCGGAAGAGCUGGCCAAUAACCUUAAGCAGGAGGAUCAUAAUCUAGGGCUGCUUCAUGGUGACAUGGACCAGAGUGAGAGGAAUAAAGUCAUUUCAGAAUUUAAGAAAAAGGGGAUCCCGAUACUGGUAGCUACUGAUGUGGCAGCUCGUGGGUUAGAUAUUCCUUCCAUUAAGACUGUGAUCAAUUAUGACGUGGCUCGGGACAUAGAUACGCACACCCAUAGAAUUGGUCGUACUGGCAGAGCAGGCGAGAAGGGAGUUGCCUACACUCUGCUGACUCCCAAAGACAGUAACUUCGCUGGUGAUCUUGUCAGAAAUCUGGAAGGCGCCAAUCAACAUGUUUCCAAAGAGCUGUUGGAUCUAGCAAUGCAGAAUCCAUGGUUCCGGAAAUCACGUUUCAAAGGAGGAAAAGGCAAGAAGUUGAAUAUUGGUGGUGGUGGCUUAGGAUACCGUGAACGUCCUGGUCUGGGAUCAGAAAAUUCUGACCGUGGAAACAACAACAGUGUGAUGAGUAACUAUGAGGCAUACAAGCCAUCCACUGGGGCAAUGGGAGACAGACUUACGGCAAUGAAAGCAGCUUUUCAGUCCCAGUAUAAGAGUCACUUUGUUGCUGCAAGCUUAAAUAAUCAAAAGACUGGUAGCUCCGCUGCUGGUGCUAGUGGCUGGACCAGUGCUGGGAGCUUGAACUCGGUACCAACGAGUUCAGCACAGCAAAAUGCUGCAAAUCCUGACAGCCCAAUUGCAGCCGCCGCAGCAGCAAAGGGUGUUCCGGGUUUCACCAGCACGGGGAAUUUGAGUAGCGUUCCCACCUUUCCAAGCGUUGGAGUACAUGGCUUCAACAACACAAAUGCCAGCACCAACAAUCGAGAAGGCAGCGGCAUUUUUUCAGCGGCACCAGUUGGUGGUGGCGGCAUUGUCAGAGAACGAUACAACGACAACCGGAACAGUCGCCACAAUGAGGUCCCGCGCCGUGGAGAGGGCGGUGGUCGCUACAAUGAUGUGCAACGCCACGGAGAAGGAGGCGGUCGCCACAGUGACGCUUACCGCCAUGGAGAGGGCCGACAUGGCGACAACCAUCGCCACGGUGAAAGCCGGCACUUUGCUGAUAACAGGAAGGAUGCCAACAGCCGAGACAACAAGACAGAUGGUUUUGCUGUCCCAGAGCCCCCAAAACGUAAGAAGAGCCGGUGGGACAGUUAAAAGCUGAUGUUUCACAGCCUGGAAUCUCUGCAGGUAGUGAUGUCUUUUUCCAGAGGAUUUCUUGGGGUUUUUGGUAACUGGUUGUUGAGCAGCUGGGGGAGGAGGAGGAGGAAACCAUGCGAACUUCCUGUGCAGGUCUGGGCCGGUACAUCUGCGGACAGAUUCACUCUAAUGAUGUGUACACACAAUGCUUAGUCAAAGAGAAAUCAUUUUGAUAAAGCUCCCUGGGUUCUGCUUUUAAACAUUCAGUGCUCAAGUGACUCUCCGCUGGAUUUAAACAAAUCUUCUUGACAAGAAAGAAGCUGUUUCACGUCCUUGGAACGUUAAGAAACUGUUGUCCAUAGAAGUAUAAAGUAGUCUUUUCUUAACCAGCGUUCACAUUUAAAAAGACAGUCCAUCUAGAGAUGCUCAGGACCCACCUGUUAAACAUUAAUCUUUCAGCAAUUUGUUCAGUAUGGUGAGUUCUUCCCCAAUCUCUUCUUUUUACAUAUUCUCUUAUCCCCAAAUAAUUUGCCCCCUGGUUGCCCCUUACAUUUCUCCCCAUCAACUAAGAAUGUAUCAGUUUACGUUGCUGAAGGUGGGAAGAAGCA